GAAAUCAUUGUAGUGGCAAUAUUCCAAACCAAUCAAAACACAGAUAAUAAAGAAGAGAGAGAGAGAGAGAGAGAGAGAAAGAAAGAGAAAUAGCAUAAGUUUAGGGAGAGGGGGCCUAGGUGAGAUAAUGGCUAGCAAGCAAAAGGAGUUGUACUUCGUCUUCAUGAACUUUGAUCCUGAAUAUGAACGUCUUCGAAGUGAUAGGUCAAAGAGAGGAGCGUAUGAGCUUGAUAUGUAUCUAAGUAGGAAACAUGAUGAACUUCUAGCUCGAACUUUCCAACCUGGGACCUACAAUAAGACUUUGUCUCUCGUUAUUGUUGAUGGUUUUGCUGUUCAAAUCACUGAUGAUCAGGCAAAGUUGCUCAGAUCUGCAAUGGAAGUGAGGGUAGUGGAGAAGAAUCAAGAGUUAGCUUAAUUAGUAAAUUUUUGGGGCUUCUGAAGUUUUAUCCCCAAUAUCAACAAGCAUAUAUAUAAUAUUUUAUGAUUGAAGUCAAUUAUUGGCAUAGUGGGUUUGUUGUGUUUUCUUUUCUCUUUUUCCAGGGUGCCUAUUUUCAAGUAUAUGUAUUGAAUUGCAUUUUGCUGAUGGUUUCUUUGAUUCUACUUAAUUAAUAGGGUGUGUAUAUAGUAUAUAUUUAGAGAGGAAAAGGGAUAGGUAAAAUGUAAUGAUGGCAUUGAUAUCAUGUAUUCUUGAAUCCAAUUUGAAACUUUUUUGCUCUCU